AGAUAUGGGUACGACCCGCGUCGGUCUUAAACUUUUCAUUUUUUAUGUGUGAAAACACCGAACAAUAUGGUACCACGAUGACGGUUAUUUUUGUGUGUUUGUGAUGCGGUAGUGACGCGCCCGAUUGUUCUUCGUAACCGGGUCAAACCACAGGAGGAGGAGCAGCAGCGGAUCCAUGUGAUAACAUCCCAUCAGAUCUGUCGCCCCUGCAGCGCAAGUUCUCGAAAGAGGACUGGGUACUGCUGGACGCGAUGGGUACCGCGCCGACGCCGCACACCUCCGGCAAAUUUCUGACGAUGCACAAGCGCCGACGCAAGAAAUUGACCACGCGCGCCCUCUCCCAGGACCACGCCAUACUUGAUGACAUUCAUCACGGACUGGUCCAGAUGAUUCUGGACCGUAGCAGCUCGUGGGCAUUUAACGCUUUCACCCUGGAAACCGUCGCCGGUGGCCGAUCACUGCCUGUACUCUGCGUACACCUCUUUCACUGGUACGGUUUACUGGAUCACUUCCACUUGGAUGUGGUGCGCGUCUGGAAAUUAUUCACUCUUAUAGAGGAAGGCUACCACAGCACCAACCCUUAUCACAACUCGAUUCAUGCGACUGACGUAACUCAAGCAAUGCACUGUUUUCUACAGGAGGAGCAGAUCCGGCGUCACUUGACUCCGCUCGAAAUAAUGGCGUCACUCAUCGGUGCGGUCGCCCACGAUCUGGACCAUCCUGGCGUGAAUCAACAUUUUCUCAUCACCACCUCGAAUCAUUUAGCUAUUUUGUAUCAAAAUAUGUCUGUAUUAGAGAAUCACCACUGGAGGUCUGCGGUAGGGUGCCUCCUGGAAAGUGGUGUAGCUGAACAACUUCUGCCUCACAGGAGUGACCUCGAACAACAAAUCAGAGAUCUCAUAUUAGCCACUGAUAUUAAUAGACAGCAGGAGUUUUUGACUAAAUUCAGAAGGCACAUUGACGAAGGCACCUUGGACCUGCGGCUCCCGGAGAACCGCUCCUUCAUCCUUCAGAUAGCGCUCAAGUGUGCCGACAUAUCGAACCCGACUCGUCCGUGGGACAUAUCGCACAAAUGGUCUCUCAAAGUGUGCGACGAGUUCUUCAGGCAAGGGGAGUUCGAGAGGCAAUUGGGUCUCCCGGUGACCUCCAUAUGCGAUCAGCAGUCCACCUCCGUGGCUAAGAUUCAAGUGGGGUUCUUUCGGUUCGUGGUGACCCCUCUGUUCUCAGAGUGGCAUCGGUUCAUGCAUAGCGACCUCUCAACGCAUAUGAUCGAAACCCUCGAAACGAACAGGAAGAGGUGGGAGGACCAGGAGCGCACCGAGCAAGCGGAGGAGACUCAGACCGAAUUAAGCGAUGCUGAACCGGAGAUUAGUGAGGACGAGGAGCCAACGAAGAGAUCCUCAGAAGCCAGCACCAGUAUACACGAUUUUAUUCCACCACCUCCUGCAAAGGAAACACGAAGACAAUCACUUGCCGUGCCAACCCUGGAAUCUCUUGGAGUCCGGCGGCAUUCAGUGCCGGUCCACAUGGAGAUACCCACUGUAGCUGCCAAAGGUUCUUCUUCUCCACAACGACACCAACAACCACCGCUCCCAAGAACGAUCUUCAGGAGAGAGAGUCUACCAGCCAGCACGACGAUACGAGUCUCGCAAGGUAGAUCCCCAGUAUCUCCUCAAACCGAGUCCAGAGCCUCUUCGGGGCUGAGGGAAGAAGACGAGCUGCUGCAUUACGGUUCGCAAUCGUCGGUCAUCAGUAGCAGCGGAAGCCCCUAUCAUUCUUCUGAAGAGAAUCCAGAUCGUCCCCUGAGCGCCGAAAACCUCUUGCCAGAGCCCUCGAUAGCCUCGAUGACGAGCAACUCCGCGAUCCGCCACUUGACGGCGGUUCUACAAAGUGCGGCCGAUCGUGCGACCCAAGCAACUGCCGGAGCCACUGCCAAAUGCCUCACGAGGCAACAAACCUUCCCACCACCGCAGCCUUACAUGAGGGUGAGGUACAUGAGUGCGACCGCGGAAAUGACCACUUGCCCCGAAGGUGACAGCAGGAGCAACUCGUCCUACAGCUCGCACGAGAACGUAUCGCGCGGGGACACCGUUCAGCUGUUGCAGCAACAGCAGCCGGCCAGCUACACGAUACCGGCCAUAGCGGUGCUGAGUCCCAACAACAGUAGACCCCCGGAUCUACUGUUGCCCGGCGAAACGAAGACUUUGGGUAGCAAUAACAAUAAACGUGAAACCGAGGCGGCCUCUUGUGCCGAAAAAGAGAAGGAGAAGAGGGUCAAGUUGUCGGAGAGUAGCGGUCCGUUCUGCGAAAAGGAGAACCUGGACCCCAGGCAGAUCCAGGGAACGGGAAUGUCGAGGAGAGGCUCAGCGCCGGUCUUUUUAGCCCUGUCCAAGCCCGACGAGAACAGUUCCUCCGCAGGCGGAGGGCUCACCACGGCGGACGUACACCAGGCUCUAAGAAGAGGUUCGGUGCCCAUCGAGAUAGCUCGGCAUUUCAGGAGUUUCGACGAGGAUAACGGCAAGGAACCGACCUCGGGUCACAUAAUCAACAUCACCCCAGUGGAGACGAAUCGUACCUUCUGGCUCUACCAGAGACGAGGCUCGGCCCCCGUGGACUUGCCACCAAGCGGCGCCACUCGGUACGAGUUCGUACGACACACCAGCCUUAACGGAAAGGCAUGCCGUGGCCGCGGCAAAAAACAACUGCGCAGGCGCAGUAGCGGCGGCCCGGAAACGGUGAGCGGAGGAGGAGCAGGCGCGGAACCGUCCGGCGGCGGGUCGGACGUGUUGGCGCGUUUCUGCGCCCAACUUCACCGUCGGGUCACGCCCAGCGAGAGUACCGAUGCGCUGCUGGCACGGCGCAGAGGCUCGUUGCCGCUAGAGGUCCUUACGGUCGGUCAUUCUGUAUUUUGACGAAAACCGAUGCGCCAUUAGGGCCGCGUCCACCCGGAUCAGAUUGCAAUAAGGACCAACCCGACCAUCACCGACUGACAUCUUCAAAGUACCCGUUUUUCACCUGUUUAGCUCAUUAGUCGUUUAAGGAUCAUUAAUCGUACGUAUAUUCGUGAAUUAAUUAUUUAUUGAUAUAAGGAACUAUGAAACAAGCCAAAUAUUUCAUUAAAUGUGUAUUCAGACAUUGUGUGUAUCGGUUCUGCGAGGGAACAGCCCCUUUCAGAACCUCCUGCAUCCAUUAUCGUCAUAGAUUGUAUCUUUCUUCCGAAAUAAUCAACUUACUAUAGCGCUACUAAGAUGAAUUCUCGGUUUUAUUUAUUUUUAUUGUUUUUUUUUAUGUGUGUGCGAGUGUGAACAUCAAAUUUCUACGAACGUUUUUUUAUUUGUAUAUUUUGUUAUCCAAGUACCUUUUUCGAUUUAGUUUUAAGUUACUCACAGUAUCGUUUUGAUUUUGCACGAGGCGCCAAAAUAUUCAAAUCUAAGUAACCUCAUCUUGUCAAUUUAAAUCAGCGCCAUUUUGGUGUAAAUAACAUGAAUCAGCAUAACGAACGAACAGAUUAAUAAAGUAAUUAAUAAUUUUUGGCGAAUUCAACGUGUCGGGCAUCCACCCCACCUUUUAAGCUUAAACACCCUAAUACAUAAAAUUUGGGCCUUAUUUGUACAAAAUCAAAGGGGUAUUAUGGGUACUAAGGGACACCGUUGCCCUUAUAUUUAUUUGUGCAAUUUUUAAAUAGUAUUUUAAUAGUUCAUUUGUCUCCUAUCGUGAAUUAAGUAUUGUAAGUUCUGUGUAUCGUAGUUUAUAGGGGACAAGGUUUAAAAAAGAAAAUCCAAACGUUGUGCCCCCGCCCCCUGAAUGUUACCAUUAUACAGUAUAGGGUCGCGCCCUUUUAGUAAAUAGAAUUAUUUUGGCACAAAAAAAUCGUAUAUUUUGUUAUUUUUAUAUAAACCGCAUCGCCGCUUUGACUCCCACCAUCCAUUUUUCCUACAGGCAUAUAAUAUAUAAGUUACCGUUGUAUAAUUUGUUUAGGGCCUAAACCAUGAAAAAAAAAAUAAUUACAAACAUGUUUUUGUGCCAAAACUUUGUCCCACCUCUAAAGAAACUAAAAACGCUCCUCUAGGACCACUAAAUGUAUCUUUCGAUUGGGAAGAGUGUCCCGAAUGUUCUCCCCAAGACUGGACACCCACAGUUGCUCAACGUGAAAAUAGUACAAAAAGGAAACAAUCAAAACCGUGUAGAUCAAAACUAAACAGAAAACCCAGCGGGGCCAAGACAUCGGGACACGUUUCUUCAAUGAAAACAAAAAAAAAACAACCAAUUUAUAAUCAUAAACAGGGUGAAACAAAACACAAAAAUUACCAACAAAUUAAUGGUUAAUUUAAUGUAAUAAGACUGGUAGAGAGAAAUGACAUUAGGAAUGUGUAUAGAUGUGAGCCCACAUUAACGUUUUUUUGUUCUAUUAUUUUUUGUUUGGUCUGUGACCUAAAACUUGAUUAAAAAUCAAAUAAAACAUUCAUGUUUUUAUGAUAAGUA